AUGUCCAAUAACAACGGCGGCGGCUUCGGCAGACAUAUCCGCAGACACUCAGACUCUCAACAGCUAGACGUUCGCGACUCGCGCCCCAGCAGCAUCACCAUCGACUCUCUUCUCACAACCGCCCCUUUCACCGAGGACCGCAAAAGAGAAUUGCCGCUCGUAGAUUGGGACGGGUAUUUCGCUACAAAAGAUGUAUCCGCGGGGCGCAAGCACCUCGCCCUGCUACGUCAUUUCCGGUACACCACGGUUCCCUGGAUGGAGGCCGGGGACUUGUCGUCGACGUUUGGAACGGACAUUAUGCGCCUUGCACAGGAACACCCGCCGAUCCAGAGCGUGAUUCUCGAAUUAUCUGCGAACCAGGUGGCUCUGAUUCGUCAACAGAGAGACGCGGCGGACGGACAAACGCAGAAGACGCGGAUGCGUGCCCUCGAGGGCCCUGCCAGAAGGAUGGCAGACUCACUCUCAGGCAUCACCGAGUAUCUGCAAUCAGGGCCGUCGCAAUGGAGGAGCCGCGCGGCGCGCGAGAUGGGACUCGUAGGCCCGGACGCGACGGCGCUUUCGAUCGAGGAGCCGCUGCGGACUCUCUGCAAGCUCCAUUCACGCUUCGGUACGUCCAUGUCCAGGGCUCCAGACUCUGCACCGCCACCUGGCAUCGUCCAUCAUUCUGCGCCAACGGCCCCUGACGCCGAGGUCAUUCUACUCCCCGCAAGGCUUCCCGCCGGCGUGGAAUCCCGAGUACCCCGGCGCCGCGUACUUGUGGUCGAUGCACCACCUCACCGUGGCCCUGCACCUCGUCCACGACGCAUCUCUGCCGCUCCCGCAGCCGCUCCUCCAAGACUCCAUGUGCACGUCGCCGAACCCAGGCACCUGGGCGGCAAAGUGGCUCUCCUUGUGGACGAGCUGCCAGGCGUGGCGGGACCGGCGGCCGGCGACGAUGCGGCCGGCGCUGGACAUGGGCAGCCUCGAGGCCGACGCCGACGCCGACGCCUCGCUCCCCGUGCAGCUGUACACGCACGCGCUGGCCAUGAAUGCCAACGCCGCGUACCACCUGUGCUCGCUGCUGCUGCUGGCCGACAAGCCGCGGCUGCUGCACCGGAGGCUCCCCGGGCGCGCGGCGGCCUCGUCGCGGGGCUGAGGGCCGCGACGGGCAUUGGUGUUGGCGUGGAGGGCGAGGUGGCCGAGCUGGAGGCGCUUUGGGGGGCCGGGCGAUGCGCGUAA